AUGGCUCCACCAACUAAGGGUAUCAUUUCCCCCCUAUUUUGCCAUAUUAGCUAUUUAUUACCUCCAUAUCUGCGUGCUUGUGUUUUGUAUGACUUGUUGCCAAUAUGGCACUCGUAAAAAUAGCAUGCAUGCUAUUUUUUUGUCAUUUUAAUGUGUCAGACAUCUUUCCAAUUUUCACUCAUUUUGAAAUUUUACUGAGACCAUGUUUUCUAGGUUGGACCUGUAGUUCAAAUAAAAUCAGAUUUUAUCAAGCCUUAUAUACCAGUUAGAGUAAUGGAGAUAAAUAAUAAAUACUAUGUAUGAUUAGUGCUGUCUAUUAAAAGCACGUAUUUUCUUAAGCUAGAAUAUUAUAAAGUGGAUAAGUAACAUUUGCAUGAGCAUGUCUAAUGAGACGAUAAAUAUCUCAGCACCAUGGUGUUCAUCUCUGUGGGCUCAACAACUGUGUACGAAUUAUAGGUUUCGAAUUGGUGUUCAGCGUCGAAUGAUAAAACAUUAGGUUUUACCCACAGCUUUAUUAGGUUUAUAUGUUUUAGCCAGCAGUAAAUGAUCUUAUUCUAGACCUACAGCUUUUACCCAAACAACCUAAUUCUUCUCGCAGCCGCUGUGAGGAAGGGCGACCCCAAAGCCCAGGCCCUGAAGGCUGCCAAAGCCGUGAAAUCGGGCACCUCCGCUCUGAAGAAGACCAAGAAGAUCAGGACGUCGGUCACCUUCCACAGGCCCAAGACACUGAAGAAGGACCGGAGCCCCAAGUACCCUCGGAUCAGCGCCCCUCCGAGGAACAAGCUCGACCACUUCCAGAUCCUCAAGUACCCCCUCACCACCGAGUCCGCCAUGAAGAAGAUCGAGGACAACAACACCCUCGUCUUCAUCGUCGACAUCCGCGCCGACAAGAAGAAGAUCAAGAGCGCCGUCAAGAAGAUGUACGACAUCCAGGCCAAGAAAGUCAACACCUUGAUCAGGUGAGUCCGCCCGCCCGCCAACACUCCUUUCCUCCGAGAUCUUCAGAGCCUCCCACCCAGUCAACGAGUUGCUCAUCCUUGAUCGAUCCCCUUCCAGGCCGGACGGGACAAAGAAGGCCUACGUGAGGUUGACCCCCGACUACGAUGCCUUGGACGUGGCGAACAAGAUCGGUAUCAUCUAA